AUGGCCCCGUCAAGCUAUGCCUCUGAUAAAACGGCUUUUACGCCACCUUCGUCUUACGCUACACUGCCGUUCCAACAAAUUCGCGUUUCGCAUUACCCGGAAUCUUCACCAACUCCUACUCCUAUCGUCAUCCUAACGCUUCACCGACCCGGGAAACAUAAUGCGUUUACACCUACUAUGAGAAGCGAAUUGAUUGAGGCCUUUGGCCUUUUCGACGCCGAUGACCGUGUUAAGUGCAUUGUAAUGACUGGUCACGGCAAAAUAUUCUGUGCUGGCGCGGAUUUGGAAAUUGGAUUCAGAGGCGGCGAGGAACGAGUGAAUGAUCACAGAGAUGGAGGUGGUCAGACCGUUCUCGCAAUCCACCAAUGCCGAAAACCGGUUAUUGGCGCUAUUCAAGGGUCUGCUGUUGGUGUAGGGAUUACGAUGACCCUCCCGAUGACAAUCCGUGUAGCUUACCGGGCCGCAAAGAUUGGAUUUGUGUUCUCUCGACGUGGGUUGGUAAUGGAGGCAUGUUCAUCCUUCUUCCUCCCUCGGCUUAUUGGCAUGGCGAAGGCUUUACACAUGGUCACUACGGGUGCAACUUAUAGAGCAGAUGACCCUUUGGUUGAAGGGUUAUUCACAGCUCUGGCGGAUUCACCUGAAGAGGUGCUUCCCAAGGCGUUGGGCUUGGCAGAGGAUAUUGUGAAGAAUACUAGCACCCUAGCAGCAUAUUUGAUGAAAGAGAUGAUGUAUAGGGAUACUGGCAGUGCGGAAGCCCAGCAUUUGUUGGAUUCUAGGUUGAUAUAUGAGAUGUUUUCUAGCUCUGAUAAUAAGGAAGGUGUCAAGUCGUUUUUGGAGAAGCGGCCGCCGAAUUUUACAGGGACUAUACAGAAAGAUGCCCCCUCAGCUUAUCCCUGGUGGCAACCAGUCUCCGUUCUUGGCUGGCCGAAGUUAUCGAGGUUGUAA